UGCUGGAUAGAGUUAGCCCGGCCCAUCUGGUGCAGCAAAUGGCCCAACUCACCAGGGAGCGCGGGGAGAGAGAGGGGAGGGGAGAGGGGGGCCGGAUUGAAAACAGAUCGGCAGUCUGAAGAUCUCAACACCACCGCAUGUCUGCGGAACAACUGUCGGUUCGAAGCCGCGAGGUCGCCCCUUCAACGCGCAAAACUAAAAACCCAGGCUUUGUCCAUCAUGACGCUUUGAUGAAGAACGCGCGCAAAAGGACGCACUCAAGAGCGCACAGCUGGAAGAGAAAUGGAUUAAAGAUAACAAAAAAGAACACAAAAAAACUUGUCUGUUCAGUAUUUUUGUUGGUCUAAAUGCCAUAAAGAGUUUGCGUAGAGUUCUUAAAACUUUUCCCGACUCGAUUCAUGGAGUUCCAGCAGACUCGUGCGCCAGCUCGGUCCUAGUGUUCAGCAAUCCCAAAGUUUUCGUCGGACACACAGAGAGAAAAACUGACCUGAAGAAGUGAAGAGAGACAGUGGAGAAGAUCGUGUCGAUUAAACAGCAUGGAGACUUCAGCUCCAACAGCCACUGAUAAGAAGGAGUGUAAAGGUUCUGGUCUGGAUGGAAGCAGCUUCUCAGAACUUCCAAAGAAGCCCUCACCUACCACUCUGACUAGAGGUGCCCAUCACCUCUUCCCCACAUUUCACACACCUAUCCCAAUUGAUAUGAGACACCAUGAAGGGAGGUACCAUUAUGAGCCACACCCACUCCAUCCUAUGCAUGGACCUCCAGGACUGACGGGUAGUCCAGUUAUCUCAGAUAUUUCCCUCAUCCGUCUGUCCCCCCACACGGCGGCUGGGACAGGUGAAUCGCCUUUCAGUCCUCCACACCCUUAUGUCAACCCCCACAUGGAGCAUUAUCUGCGCUCUGUACAUGGCAGCCCCACCCUCUCAAUGAUUUCUGCAGCACGAGGCCUGAGCCCCGCCGAAGUGACCCAUGAACACUUGAAGGACCGUACAAUAUUCAGCUUGCCCCCUCCUCCUCCAGGGGCCAACCCCACUGAGUACUAUCACCUGAUGGCCAGUGCCAGCCAGCGCAGCCCCUACGGUGACCUGCUGAUGCAGAGUGGAGCGGCGGCAGCAGCAGCGGCAGCGGCUGCAGCGGCUCAUCUACCAGACUACAUCAGCCCUGUGGACGUGUCACGGUUUUCCAGUCCACGGUUGACACCCCGAGUGAGCAGGAAGAGGGCAUUGUCCAUUUCUCCGUUGUCAGAUGCCAGCAUUGACUUGCAGACCAUGAUUCGCACCUCGCCCAAUUCGCUGGUGGCCUACAUCAACAACUCUCGCUCUAGUUCAGCCGCCAGCAGCUCCUACGGACACCUGUCAGUCGGAGGCAUCAGUCCCUCAUUUAGCUUCCCUCAUCCCAUCAACCCAGUGGCCUACCAGCAGCUAUUGUCUCAGCAGAGGAGUCUCAACGCCUUCGGACACGCACCGCCUAUCAUUCAACCGUCGCCUUCCUCUUUCUCUGCCCGCCAACACCCACUGACAGCCUCGCCUUUGUCCACCUCCCACAACAGCUCCAACUCUGAGGUGAACCAGAAUGCUAGUGGGGACCCAGCAGUGAGCAGCACAGUCAACCCUUUGAUUACCAAAAGAUCAAAGGUUAAGCUUGAAGCAGAGGGUCCUCUGCCCAUCUCCCCAUCUUCUCAGGAGCACAGUGGAGGAAUCAUGGACCUGAAUGAGGAUCUCGACAAAGAUGAAUGCAAACAGGAGCCAGAGGCUGUAUAUGAAACUAACUGCCACUGGGAGGGCUGUGCCAAGGAGUACGACACCCAGGAACAACUUGUUCACCACAUUAAUAAUGACCACAUACAUGGAGAGAAGAAGGAGUUUGUGUGUCGCUGGGAGGAGUGCUCACGAGAGAAGAAGCCCUUCAAGGCCCAGUACAUGCUGGUGGUCCACAUGAGGCGACACACAGGGGAGAAACCGCACAAAUGCACAUUUGAGGGAUGCUCCAAGGCUUACUCUCGCCUGGAGAACCUCAAGACCCACCUCAGGUCCCACACCGGAGAGAAACCCUAUGUGUGUGAACAUGAAGGCUGCAACAAGGCUUUCUCAAAUGCCUCGGACCGGGCCAAGCACCAGAACCGCACACACUCAAACGAGAAACCAUAUGUGUGCAAGAUCCCAGGAUGUACCAAGCGAUACACAGACCCCAGCUCACUCAGGAAGCAUGUUAAGACGGUACACGGUCCCGAAGCCCAUGUCACCAAGAAACAACGGGGCGACGCGCCUCCAAGACAGCAGCCGCCCAAAGGUAACGGAGAAAACGAGUCCAAUUCCAAGCACAGUGCAAAGGGCACAGAUGGCAAAAUUGACACCAACAGCAACUCUAGAGGAAUGGAAGACUGUCUACAGGUCAAAUCCAUCAAGACAGAGAACUCUAUGACAUAUCAGUCCAGUCCUGGUGGCCACUCGUCAUGUAGCAGUGAGCCGUCGCCUCUCAGCAGCGCCAACAACAACGACAGUGGGGUAGAGAUGGCCAUGCACAGCGGGGGAAGCUUUGGGGACCUCAGUGCGCAGGAUGAGUGCCCCUUGGUUGACUCCACUGUUUCUGCUGGAGGACAGCAGGCCGGGGUGGGACUCCAGUUGAGGAAAGUUGUGAAUCACAGUGUUGGGGUCACCAUCAAGCUGGAGAACAUCAAAAAGGAGAGGCUGAAGACAGUGAGAGACACCUGCCCCUGGAUCAGCUCAGCACCACAGCCACUGCAGGGCCAACGCAACAGCACCAAGCUGCCUCCCAUACCUGCAGCCGGUUCCCUGCUGGAGAGUUCCAACAUGUUGGGUAAUUCAAGUAGCUCCUAUCCUGGCCAACGUAUGGGUGACCUGUCUUCAUGUGAGGUGAUGUUUCUGAAUCAGCUUAAUGAGCGUCGUGACAGCACAACCAGCACUAUAAGCUCGGUCUACACCUUGAGUCGACGCUCCUCCGGCAUCUCACCUUGCUAUUCCAGCCGCCGCUCCAGUGAGGCAUCACAGUACAGUGCCAACCGCCACAACAACAUUAGUUCAGCUGACUCCUAUGACCCAAUCUCCACUGAUUUGUCUCGCCGCUCCAGUGAGGCCAGCCAGUGUGGUGGUGGUGUCAAUGUAGGUGGCAGCGGAGGUCUCCCAAGCCUGUUAAGUUUGACACCAGCUCAGCAUUACCGUCUCAAGGCUAAGUAUGCUGCUGCAAUUGGUGGCGCUCCACCGACUCCACUCCCCAAUAUGGAUCGAAUGAGUCUGAGAACACGUAUGGCAUUAUAUAAUGAGUCCCAGGAAGGGCAGUCACAUCUGUUCCAUCAGCCGUCCUCAGGAACUGCGCCCCGCCGAUGUAGUGACAUUGGAUAUGGCAACCAAAGCAUGAUGCCACAUGAGGUACCCACCAACCUUCCCCGUCGUGCCAGUGAUCCAGUGCGCCGGCCUGCCCUGGAUCCUCUUGCCUUUCCAAGGGUUCAGCGCUAUAACAGCAUGAAUAGCAUGAACCCCAUGAAUGGCCCAUCUACUGCAGAACGUUAUAAUUCACUGGCCUCACAGGGUUACACUCGCUCUGAUGGCAGUCUACAGCGUUACCCAUUUGCCCCCAGGCCACCCAGCAUUUCUGAGAAUGUAGCUAUGGAGAACAUGGCAGUGGAAGGGAUGAUGGUUGGAAGUGACCAGAGUGGAGAAGAUGAUAUAGUUCUUCCUGAUGACAUGGUGCAAUACCUUAGGUCUCAGAAUGGUGGCCCCACCAACCACAACAGCUACAAUCCAGGACAAGGGGACUACCAUUCUACCAACCAAACAAAUUGCUACCAGUCAGGUGUAGUCCCUCCGGCAUCAUUUUGCGGGCAGAGGAGGAUGGCCAUGGUGGAUGCUAACAUGUCUCAGACGGGGCAGGACAUGCGUUCAUGUCACCUGAACCUCAGAGGAUCUCUGCAACCCUUCUCAGCACCAGGAGGCAACAUGAACAAAAAUAGCAUGCCGGUACAGUGGAAUGAAGUGAGCUCAGGAACUGUGGAAGCUACACCCAAGCUUUCCAAGCAGCAACACCCUCUCAGGGGAAACCUGGCUGUUGUCCAGCAGAGGCAUAACUUUGGUUCUUUCCAGUCACAGGGUCAAGGCCUCAGCAGCAACCAGCCAGUAAUACCCAUGAAUCCGAAUACAUCCACGCAAGGGUACACACAACACAACAGCCAGAGGUUAACCAACAUCUCCCUCCAGCAAUGUCAGCAGCAGAGACAAUGCAGUAACAUCAAUUUCAGUGAGCAGAUGAGUCCACAGAAAGGAUUUGGUCAAGAAGCAAUUUUAAAUUCUAUAUCCGGGAGUAAUAUGGUGAGACCUUCACGGAAUGGUCCAACAGAUGACGGUAACACAGAUGUUCCUAUUUAUAGAGCACGGAGACAGACAGAAGGCUAUUCUAAUGUAAACCAAGUGGAACAGCAGCAACACUACAACGUUCUCUCCCACCAGCCACACAACAUCCCCAAUGGAAGUCAAGGCAUGUUACAACCUAGGCCUCCUACAGAGCCACGGCCUGUUGCUAGACAGCAUACAGGGUCAGGUACUGUGCAUCCAAACCAGGUACCCAAGUCAUCUGAAAUGAGCCCCAGUCAUGGCAAUGACACUUCAGAGGCCAGCCCAAAGAGGCCACACAACAGCACCUCUGGGAAUCCCAACUCUGCUAUGUUUUACACAGGUCAGAUUCACAUGUUUGAGCAUAAUGCUGCAAGCUUUGACAGCCCCAUGUCCCCCUGCUCAAGUCAAGCCCCUUUAAACAACACCACUGCAGCAGCCAACCUGGCCUCACCGGGAGUCAACCAGGUCUCCAGCAGCACAGUGGAUUCUUCAACCGGUGGAGCCGGAGCCCCAGAGCAUGCCCAGAUCGACUUUGACACCAUGCUGGAUGACGGAGACCACUCCAGCCUCAUGUCAGGCACACUGAGCCCUGGCCUUCUGCAAAGCCUCUCCCAGAAUUCCUCACGUCUCACAACCCCCCGCAACUCUGUCACCCUGGCAUCCAUACCAGCAGGGAUCGGCAACAUGGCCAUCGGUGACAUGAACUCAAUGCUGACAGCUUUGGCUGAAGAAAGCAAAUUCCUCAACAUGAUCAGCUGAGAGCAGCCGAACACUUUGCCAUCCUUCCAGUAUUAACUGUUUCUUACAUCAGGAAUUUAUGGAUUACACAAGAAAGCACUGAUUGAACAAUAUAAAACUGGUUCUUCAAGGUUUGAAAAAAAAAUCAUUGUCCAUAGGAUAGUGAUGAAAGGAAUAUGCUUAUCAUGUAAUAUUUGCUUCAGAUUAUAUGUGUCAUAAUGUUGAUAGUAAAUAUAGCUAUGGAUCUUUUUUAUCAUCAUGUGUUAAAAAGCCAUACUUUUUUCUUCUUCUUUCUUUUUUACGUUAGCUAGCCCAGGGUAUAUAAAUGCAUCUACAAACAAUUGCCAUUCAGUAUUUGCUAUUGUAAAAGCCUUUCAGAGGUGGUGCACUGAAGCAGUUCACAUAGUGCCUUGCUGAGGACAUCAAGGU